AUGCCCCGAUGGGUCGGAUCCCUCAGCCAGCGAUUGUACUCGGGCAUGAGGCCGCCUCUGUCCUCCCCUGACCGCUGGCCCGUCUCCAGUGCCCCCAGCCCCACGGCCAAGGGCUCGGGCUCCUCGCAGUGGGCGGCGCUGGACUUCCCGCAGCCCGUCCGCCUUUCCCGGCUCCAGCUCCAGUUCCAGGCCGGCUUCGCCUGCCGGCUCUGCACGCUGGAAGGCUGCAGGAAGGGUGAGGAGCUGGCGAAGAUCCUGGAUUUCUACCCCGACGACGUUCACGCCCUGCAGAGCUUCCCGGUGCAGGGAGCUACGCUGGACAGGCUGAGAAUCACCUUUGCCAGGACCACGGACUUCUUCGGGAGGAUCGUCGUGUAUCACCUCGGCGUGCUUGGGGAGAAGCUAUAAUGUGGGGAAGGGGUUGCGCUGGGUGGGUCUCUCCUACAUACUAUUGUGCCAGGCGGGUCGCUGGGGCCCAAAUGAACUAGAAACGCAGCAGCUUGGAGCAGACCGGGGAUGCUCAGCCAGUGCAUCUCACCAAGGAGCGACUGACCAGGGAGGGGUUGCAGGACCUGCUGCACCCCAGUAGGCUGGGGCACGGGGAGCACCACGCCACCCCUGGAUCCCAGCCUAAUGCGGGCCCUUGCUGGUAAAUCUGUGAAUUAAGGGCAUGCACAGUGGAGGCCUCUGCCAGACGCAGCGCCUGUUAAUGGUGGAAUAAACGCACGUGGCUGCUCUGAGCUUGGGCAAGCGAGAGGUUUUGCGAUUCAAAA